GCUAAAUUAUAUUUAUAUGAAUAAUUUUUAUAUUUUUUCAAUUCACGAUGGCAGACUUGGCAACAGCAAUUGCUGAAUUUGAUUCUCUUAACGAAUUUUCAAAACCUGAUGCUAAAUUAUUAUCCACAAUACUACUAUCGGAUGGCGUAAAAUUAUCACAACAACUUAAGGCGCUUUACUUCUGUCGUGAUUUAUCUUCUAGUGAAUGUGCUACUAUCCUUAAAAAGGCACUUGAAGUACACUACGAUACAUUUUUGAGACAUGAAAUUGCUUAUGUAAUUGGACAAGCAGAAUGCGAGGAAGCAGCUGACGUAUUGGUUCGCCUUUUGGAGGAUACUAAUGAAGACCCUAUGGUCAGACAUGAGGCUGCAGAGGCAAUUGCCGCCAUUGGAGAUAAAAAGUACAUCGAUAAGUUGGAAAAGUAUAAGGAUGAUGAAUCAAUAGUAGUACGCGAUACAUGUAGACUAGCGUUGGAGUCCUUGAACAAUAAUGCUAAGAAAGGCGAUAGUUCUGAUGGUGUCGCCAUUUGUGGUUGUGUAUCGGCACCUAUCUCAACAUCAGCAUAUAGAGCAAUUGAUCCUGUACCAUGCGUUGCUACAGAAAUUGCGGAAAUGUCCAUUUUGGAAUUGAACAAAGUGAUGUUAGACGAAGCUGCACCUUUGCAUAAGCGUUAUGAAGCACUAUUCCAAAUACGUAAUUCCGGAGGUGAUGAAGCAGCGGUCAUGAUAGGCAACGCGCUUAUUAGCGAUAAUGUAUCAGAAGUAUUCCGUCACGAAUGUGCUUUUGUAUUGGGACAGAUGCAGUCCAUGGCAGCUGCAGACCAUCUAAUCAAGUGUUUGGCGAACAGUAAAGAAAAGCCAAUUGCUCGCCACGAAGCGGCAUUGGCUCUUGGUUCAUGUGCAGCAGCAAGCAAUAAUCAAUCCGACAGGAAUCACAUAAUAGCAGCUUUGGAAGCACACAAGUUGGACAGCAUGAAGGUUGUUGCUGAUAGUUGUAUCGUCGCAUUAGAUGUUAUAUCUGAGUCUGCAAUUGAGGCCGCUUCAUAACACUAAUGCAGUACACAGACAAU